AUGGAGUUCCAUUACUCACAAGUGGUUGACCCGCCGGCGUGGAAUUCCCAGGGGCUAUGUGACGGCUUGCCCCUUCGCGAGCAUCUGAAUCCAGAACUGGAGGUCGCCGGAGUCAACAGACUUCGUGAUGACUGGGAGAAGUUUGUUGGGCCAAUACCCCCCGGAUCAAACAGGGGGUGUUUGGGCUCUCCGCACCAUAUGUGCUCGUUCGCGAUUCCAGAAUGCCUGCCCGAGCGCCUAGAACUCGUGGCAUACAUCAUGGAGUUUGGGUUCUUGCAUGACGACCUGAUCGAUACAUUUGAGAACGCCGAGGCCGACGUCCAGAAUGAGGGGAUCAGGAAGGCCUUGAAAGAUAUGCUCAGCGGUGAGCCCUCUGGCGAAGGACAGAUACUGCUCACCAUGAUCAAAGAGAUGACCUCAAUUGAUCCUGCUGGAGCAAACGAGAUGAUGAGCUACUGGGACCAGGAGCUGUCUCUUGCGCGUGAUCGACCUGAUAUCACGACCUUUGAUGACUACCUUGAGUACAGGAUUGUGGACUGCGGUGCUACAUUCGCAAUAGCGCUUGCCACGUUCGGGAUGAGCCUCAAUGUCUCCCAAGCGGAGAUGGACGAGUGUUUCCGGCUCGCGCGUCCCGCCUUCGCAGCAAACGCAGACCAACGCCGUCCAGACGCCAUCGAUGAGGACGAGGCAAAACGCCAAGUCCUCAAGAAGGUAAACAGUCUGAUAGGGGAUCACAUCCAGACCUGGGAGGAGACGAAGGGCCGGCGGGAUUUGUCCCCUGAUGCUCAGCGUCUUAUGGAAUCGGUGCAGUAUAUGAUCAGUGGAAACUUCAUCUGGGGCAAUACGUGUCCACGUUACCACCAGGAGCAGUCACCGGCCGAAGUCGAGGCGGUUGGUGCCUUUAUCGAAUCUGAGAAGCCCGAGCAUACCAACACGUCAGACUACGGGAGUGGUGAUUCUACUGCGGCUGACCCCGACGAGCCAUCUGGUAGCACAGACGAUCUUGUCAUCGAAGAUGACGUCCGUGAUCUCGAUGAUGCUAUCAACCAGACAUCAGCUGAGGAGAAAGGAGUCGGCCAUGACGGCAUACCCAGUGACUCGAUACAUCAGUAUCGUUCCGCUGGGAAAGCUGACCCUUCCACCAACCGAGACCUGCCCGCUCUUUCAUCCGCCACCAUCUGUGCCCCAGCGCGGUACAUCGAGUCCCUGCCAUCCAAGAACAUCCGUGACAAGGCCGCAGUAGCCUUCAACGUAUGGUUCAACAUGCCCAGCUCCGGAGCUUGCAACCAUAAAGCGCGUCAUCAGCAUCGGGCACAACGCCUCGCUCAUGAGAUGGACGACAUCCAAGACGUCUCCGAUACGUGUCGCGGCAAGCCGUCGACGCAUACAGUAUUCGGCGUCGCGCAGACCAUCAACUCAGCCGGCUACCUGAUCAUCAAGGCCCUAGAGGAAGUCAAGUCGCUGCAGGAUCUGGCCUGCGUGGAGAUAUUCAUCGGAGACAAGCUGUCUGUACAUCACGGCAACUACUAA